UACAUAGAACAGCCACUUUUCUUCACUCCUUUCCGCGCCGGAAGCGGAAGUAGUAGCUUCCCAUGGUGCUCCGCGAGGAGGGAUUCAUUCAAACUGGCUGGCGGAGGGAGGAGGUUGUGAUGGCGGAGCCGAAGCCGGAAGUGGCGGCGGUCGAUGCCCAACUUUCAGAGUUGGAAAGGAUAGAGGAUUCAGAAGGAUCUUGUGCCUCCCAGACAGAAUUACUUGAGUCUGCCUCAGCCUAUGGCCCUUCUAGCAACCCUGAGCAUCUCUGUCCUGGAGACUCCAUGGUCCCUGUGGUAUUUCCAGGACCUGUGAGCUCAGAAGGUUGCUGUAGAUUUGCCUGUGAGCUCCUAAAGCACAUCAUGUACCAGAGGCAGCAGCUGCCACUUCCCUAUGACCAGCUCACCGUCUUCUACUCCAAACCUUCUCCUCAGGCAGAGGACAUAGUGAAGAAGAAAGCUGAGAGAAGCUACAAGAAAUUCCAGCAGGCCUUGGUAGAACUGGAAGGCAUCCUGAGCCACCUCGAGAGCCUCUUUGCCAGGACGCUGGUACCACGGGUGCUUAUCCUUCUUGGGGGCAAUGCUAUGUGCCCGAAGGAGUUUUAUGAGCUGGACCUGGCUCGUCUGACUCUGGGCAGGAUGGGGCAAAGCCUCAGCACUUCUGCUUGCCUGCGCCGUCUCUUCCGUGCUCUCUUCAUGGCUGAUGCUUUUAGUGAACUGAAGGCUGCUCCAGCCAUGGGCACCAUUGUCAUGGCCCAGGGACAUCGUGAGUGUGGUGAGGACUGGUUCCGCCCCAAACUCAAUUAUCAGGUUCCGAAACGGGGCCACAAGUUGACUGUGACCUUGUCUUGUGGGGGUCCCCCCAUCCCAGACUCUACCUGGGAUGAUUAUAUCUGGUUCCAGGCACCAGUGACACUCAAAGGCUUUCGUGAAUGAAAAGGCUUUGUGCUCUUGUGAGCAGCACAGCUAGUUCAUCUGUUUCACUGUGGGCCAAUUACCUUGCUUGCUUGAACUGUUCUUCCAACUGAGCUUCUAAGGAUUGUAUUAUGGAGCUACAUUGUGAUAACUGAGCAGCCAAGUCUCCCUGCAGGGCUGAUUUUCCUGUGGGGUGAUGGGUCAUUCAGUCUAUAUUAGGGCUGGGAAGGAUUUAGAGGGGCUUGUGAUGAUAGCUUUUGUAGAGAUUCCUCUUAACCUUGCUCAGCUGGGGAUGGGCCUGAGCUAUAUGUGCUUUGGCUUCCAAUGAAAUAAUGUUGGUAUGACUGAGCAAGCUUGUAUAUAAAAAUGAAUGUAUUCAUAUUAAAUUCUCCUGGAUAUCCAUUGACUUAAAGGGACUUUCCAGGUUUGAGACCUUAGUGUCUAGUUUUCUUCUUUUGCCUUCUCUGUCCCAGGGGCUCCUCGGCCAUUCAUGUCAACUGCCCCUUUGCCAGGUUGAGACAAAUACUGGGCUUCUGCAAGCAGUACCAAAUUCAGAGGGUAUCAGAAUAAUUGGGCACUAAACCCAGUUAAUAAACAUAGAUUUGAGGAAGGCCAGAAUCCUUCUCUCUACCCAAUAUGAAGACUAGACUCCAGAUUUUAGGAUUCUUGAGCUUUGGAUUUCGUACCUUAACUUAAAUAAGGAGAUAAGUACAAAGAAGUGAUUUCUUUUUAUGGAAAAGAAAAUUAUUGGCCCUGCCAGAGAGAAGAGGUGGCAGCAUCAGCUAGUAGAAUGAGCCUUGCUCUUGGAAUCAAGAAGCCCUUGGAUUAUCCUCCUAGCUCCACUACCAUUAGUUUUUGGGAUCCCAGUCUAGUUAUUUCAUGUCUGUAGUUUUACUGUCUAAAAUAAGAAUGAUGCUUGUAAUUGUGGGGAAUGUGUUUUCUGAGCGUCAAACAGAGUUGUAAGGUUGCUAUUGCCAUUAUAAUAUUAUCAUCUCCCUUAAAAUCCUCUCAUAUAAAAUGAAGACUGGAUACAGUAGGAAAAACGUUGAGUUGAUCAGAGAAUCUGGGUUCAAAUUCUGCUUCUAAUGCUAAUUGCCUACAUAAUUUUAAACAAGUCAUUUCAUCUCUCUAGGCCUGUUUUCCUCAUCUGAAAAAAUGAGGUUGGACUAAAUUAGGUAUUUUUAUCCUAGAGGCUCUUAAAUGCUUAAAAAAAAUUAGAUAACUUUUAAUGUAACAUUUCUUUUGUGGUCCUCUGUAUUUUGUAUUUUGUAUUUAAAAACAUCAUUUCAGGUAUAGUAUACCUGGAUUUCACUAGAUUGACAAAGCAGGUCUUAUGACACAAAAAUGCCAGAUGCUUUCUGAGGUUCUUUUUCAGUUCUAGAUCUGUGACCCUUGGUUCUUAAAAGCUCUGGUCAGUACACAAAUUCUGUCAGGUCAUAUCCUACUGAAAGGUAUUUGGAUACAACUAUGGGCCAUGUAGGAGUCACUCAAGAUCAACAUAUCUGGCAAAAGCCCAUCUCCAGUUUUGACUGUAUGGCAAUCAAUUAAAAAAAAAAAAAAAACCAUGGUGAAUCUUGAAGACUCUCAGGUUGUAGUGUAUUUGUAGCAUGUGAUGUCGAGAAAGAAUUCUCACAUCAAUUGAUUCUUCACCUUGAAGAAGUAUAUCAAACAUUAGUAUCACUGUUAGGAUAGCAGAAGUAAAUUUAAGUGACUUUGUUCCCUGAAGAUGCUACCUAAUGCUUCUUUUUCCCUUAAUACUAUUCACUUUCAGAUAGAAUUGCAGAAAGUUAUCAUUGGAUUCAAAGAUUAGAGUGAUCAGGAAAAUUAUCUAUGUGCCUGUGAUUAGUUUCUUGAUUAGAAAGGAGACAAAGAAUUAGGCAGCACACUAUGAUGCAACUUACAGAGAUAUAUAUGACAAGGGGAUCUUUUCAAGAUUAAAAAUAUAUAUUCCCCCUUUUUUAUGCCAUGAAGUUUAGGGUACACGGCUCUCUAUUUUUGUCUGUCAAGCCAUAUGAUUAAAGGGUCAAAGUCACUGGUGGACCUAAAGAAUUGAUAUAAUUUCCAAACCCAGGAGAGUUGUAAUUUGUAGUCUUUGCUUCAGAUGACAGCCUUGUCUUGUCCAGCUUAUUUCUUGACCACCUAAGUAGCUACCCUAUGCUAUAACCUAUUAUCCUAGUUAUAUAGUAUCAUUUUUAAAAAUAUGUUAAGAAUAUUUGGUUCUUCCAUAUGGUCAUUUUAGUCUUAAUUCCAAAUGCCAUCCUUUCUUGCAAUGUCUGUUUAAUUUCCAAUUCUGGGGAAACCAUAUCUCAUACUGGGGAAACCAUCUGAAGAUGACUUCUGUAGAAGCUGAUCAAGUCUAAGAAAUUGGGCCAGGAAGAGUCUGAGCACUUAAUUCACAUAAAUAUGCUGAAGAAGGAAAGUGAGAUAUUUAGUUUUUACUUCUUACUACCUGUCUCAUUUUUGGAAGCUCAUGCAAAUAGAUAGGGAAAGCAAGUGUGGUGAGUUGCCUCCCUCCCAAAGAAAGAAUUCUGCUGACAUAGACUGCCUGUAAUCCCCUUAGUGCCCCUAGGCAACCCUGUAAUUGUCAGUUGCAAAAAGAGUGCCAAUCACUGUUGGGAAGAGAAUGUUCCUCAAUGGGAACUCCCAACACUGAUGAAAUCAAAGAGCUGGUUAAAAAAAAAAACAAAAUGUUGAUUGAUGUGUCAUUGGAUUUUUCUGUUCUCACAGGGUGGCAAUUCAAGAUAAACUUCUGACUAGCUGGGGGACUUUGUAAGCCACAUUCUUAAUCUUUCUGGCCUCAUUUUCCCCAUAUGUAAAAUGAAAGGGUAUACUCGAAAGUCUCCAUAGUUCCUUCCAUCCCUAACCAUUCUGGGAUUCUUGCCCUUAGUGCUCCCAGUCUGUUUUCAAAGGUAGAAGAUAAGCUGGCAUUUGUUGUGAUCCUUUGACAGUUCAAAAGGGUCAGGUGGGGGGAAGGUUUUUGAGGGGUCAGGUGGUGGGAAACUUUCUGACUUCUUUGAUCCAUUCAGAUCUGUAUUUGCCUCUCUAUUUUUUUCUCCUAGCUUGACUUUCCCUAAAUUUCUGACUCUUAUUUAUUGUUUUCUUUUCUCUAGGGUGUUCUAUAUAAUCAGAAGACUUAAAGUCAAAAGACCUAGAUUUGAAUCCUGGUACUGCCACUUUUCCUAAUUGUGUGAUCUUAGACAAAGCACUUAAGCUCUUAGGACUUUUUUUUGUUGUUGUUGUUGAAAAAUGAGGGAAUUGAACUAGGUUUGUAGUUCAUAAAGUGUGGGCUUGUGGUCCCUGAGACUACUCUCAAGGCUCUACAAAGUUAAAACUUUUUUUAUAAUAAUACUAAAGUGUUUCUAACAUGGCUCAUAUUCAUAGAUAGAACACAUGUAAAUAGACACUCUUGGGGGCAGGGUGCUUCUCAGUAAGUUUUAAGAAUGCAAAGAGAUACUGAGAUCAAAAAGUCUGAGAAUCAUUUAGAUAAUACUUGCCAUUCUUUCCAUUUCUGAUACACCGUAGUGUGUGAUUCUGUGACUCCCUUCUCUUUUCUGGUAAAUACUGGGAAAAACCCAGUGAUGAGAAGAGAAUCUGUCCUUCAGUUAAUAUCCAAUUCAGCAAACAUUUGUUAAGCACUUUACUAUGUGAAAGGCACUGUUCUGGUUGCUAUGGAAGAUACAAAACUGAAAAGUAAUAUCUCCUGCCUUCAAGGAAUUUACAGUCUAAUACAUAUUAUUUUUACUGAACAAAUGAAAUCAUAUUUGUGUAAUGCUUUGCAAAUUCCUGACACACAAUCAUUAUCAUCAUUAUUACCUAUUGUUUUGAAAAUUGGGUGUGUUGACAGUGUAGUUGUGACUUAUAACUAUUACAAGACUAUAUACUAUUGCCAUUAAAUUUAUAAAUUGUAGUUCCAUAUUUACAGGCAGCUGGAUUUACAGGCACAGUAAAAUGCCAGACCUGGAGUCAGAAAGACACAUUUUCCUGAGUUCAAAUCCAGCCUUAAACACUUAAAACUGUGUGACUCUGGCCAAGUCACCUAAACCCUGUUUGCCCUCAAUUUCCUUAUCUGUAAAAUGAACUGGAAAAGGAAAUGGCAAACCACUCCAGUAUCCUUGUGAAGAAGACCCCAAAUAGGGUCAUGAAUAGUUGGACAAAACUGAAAUGACAGAACAGCAACAAAAAUUCCACAUAUAAGGAAACUGAUUUGUAGCUAUAUAUUUUUACUGAGGGUACUAUCAUCCUUUCAGUCAUCUUGAUUUACCAUCUCAAAGUCUCCAAUCCAUCCUCCAUAUCAUUUCUAGUAUCACCUUAAAGCACAAGUCUGACCAUGUCAUUUGCCUGCUCAGGAAUCCUCAAUGGCUUUUAUUGCCUCUACUGCAAAAUAACAAACUAGUCUGCUUUGCAUUGAGAGUCCUUCAAUCUGGCUUCAGCCAGUAAUGAGCUUAGUAGCCAUUACCCUCCACACUCUAUUAUUCUCCAUUAUCCACUCUCAAUAACAGCUAAACUGACCUACCUGCUAUUCCCCAGCUCAGUAUGCCAUCUCCUUUCUUUUGCACAACCUAGCCAUAUCGGAAAUGCACUUUUUCACACAUUCCUUUUAGGAUACUUAAUGUCUACUGCUUUCUUCUGUUUCAUCGCCAGUCAAAAGUCUCUCCUAAUCUUUCCCAGUUACUGUUCUCUCCCUUCUCAAAUUAUUUUGUAUGUUCUUAUCUCUUUACCUGUAGGAUUCUCCAGUAGAACAUUAAGUUCCUCAUUACCCACCUAAUUUACCUAAGUUUUCUCUGCUUGAUUUUUGGCUCUUUCUAAAAAUUGAACCAGUCUUUGAAGAAAGAAGACUUACUACUAAUUAGGAGGUUCAAAAAGUUAUGCAUAUGCAGAAUUGAUGGAAAUUCCAAAAGAGAUACGUUGAGCCAGAAGAUAGCUUCAUUGAAAUAUGUCUGUAAUCAUCCCAGUGAAGAGAACAGCAAUUCUUUUGAAUGGAUAAAUUUUGGUUUUUUUUCAUUGCCCUGUGCCACACCUCAGUGCACUGUAACUUUAAAAUCACUAUAACUGUAAGCCGCUAUUAAUAAUAUUAAUAUACAGUUCCUACCCUCAAACUCAUUCUGGACACAUUUUUGAGAUAGUGUCUUGCAGGGCACAAAUGAUCAUUUUUUAAUUAGGCUUUUUCUUUUGUUAUCCACAGUGAGUCACAAGGACUGACUGGUUACUUGGGUAUGAUUUCUUGACUAAUAAUUGAUUGGCCAUAGUCCAGAGCUGUUUUGCUUAAUGCACACCCCUGGGAGUAUUUUUAAACAUAAAGACUUGAUAUUUUAAAGUUGUAUAUUUAAUUAGCAUCGAGAAAUUCAGCCUAUCAUAUAAUUAAUUCAGGUAUGAUGGUGGUAUAUUAAUAAUUUAAUAACCAACAUAUACAGUGCUUUAAGAUUUGCAAAGUGCUUACAAAAAUAAAGUUUCCAAAGUUCUUAAGUGGCUUGGGGCCCUUCUCAUAUGUUAACAUCCUAAAAGUAAGUCCCUGUACAAAAAACAUGCUUUGGUUACUAUAUAUUCAGAGGGACAAUUCACAGACCCAACCAGUAUUUCUCUUUUAACAGACCAGCAUGAGGACAGUUCAAAAGAAAGGACAAUUAAACAGCUUGACAAGAUAAAUAAGGAAAGUACCCCUAUGUACAAAGAGGCACACUCUCCAAAAGUUACACUGUUACUUAGAGAUGGGAUAUUCAAAAGAAAUGUUACAAAAUUGGGGCAAUUAAUGCUCUUAUAGCUGCCCUAGUGGGAACCUAUCCUUGUAUUUGACCCUGCUGUUUGUUGCUGCUAUCUGUUGGGCUAUUUUCUGUGAUGCACUCAGCCUGUUUUUAAAAUUUUAAGUAUCCAAUCUUGAAAACGAUUGGCCUCAGAAAGUAGUGGGUUCCUCCUUAUAGAUGUUUCAACAGAGGCAGACUGAGCACUUUUUGUAUUAUGGUAGGAUUUGCCUCAAGUCUCUUCCAACUCUUAAAAUUCUGUGAUGCCUGUGACUUUUUUCAUUUUCAAUAUUGCCUCCUACCCAAACCCCAACUCCAUAACAGAACUAUGCACACAUCAUGUGUUUAAUAUAAAUGCUUAUUGAAUUGUCUCAGUAUUAGAAUCUAUUCUGGAACAGGAAGAUGAAUUAGAUUUUAUCUAGUUCCAUAGCUCCCUUAAUUUUGUGGGGGAGGGGCCAUGGCUAGAGAAGCUACUUUUAGUUUCUGUAGAGUUGGGAGGGCUCCUGGUGAAAUUCAUUCUCAAGGUUAGGAAAAUCAGCUCAAAUGCUGCAGCACAGAUUUAGAACUUGAAGGGAUCUUAGAAAAUAAAAUAGGUCAUUUGUUUGUUUUAUAAAUGAGGAAACAGGUCUUAGUGGCAGAUCUGGGACUUAAAUUCCAGUCUGUUGACUCACUCGAGUACUCAUUUUACUAUACCACUCUGUUUUCCUCCCAAGUAGGAGCCAAGUUGAAGGAUAACAAUGGAGAGGUAGAGACCAGGAAGAGGAGAGGAAGGAGGAGGUAGGGAUGAGAGUCAGUCUGUCUUGACAGCUAUAUUGGUUUGAGAUCUCUGAUCUGGUUAUUAGUGGCAGAGUAGGAACUAGAAUCGGGUCUCCCACCUCACUUAUCUGCCCAAUAUACCAAGUUGCCUUUUCUUGCCUUUAGCAAGAUUUUUUAAUCUUGGACCAGCUAAGCAAGAGUCAUAUUUACCAUAGGCAAAACAUUAGUACAUAUGCCUAUAUACUACUAUAACCUAGCUGUUGUAGGUAGGACAAAUGCAGGUAUUGCUAUGGAGUGUGCUAUAUGAUUAGGCUUGGUAGUUUCGACAUCACCAUGACAGUUUCCCCUUAAGGAAGGCUAUAAGCUUAUAGAAUUUACUCAUGGAAAAAUAUUGACAAUAUUUUUUGAGGCUUGUUAUAAUUCUGUUCCCCAAAUACUAUUUUGUCUACUACCAGCUUAUUUUUCUCCUUGAUAAAUACUCCACUGAUAUUUUGUCUACCAUGUACUUGUUUUGUUCUUCCUGGUAACCCCCCCAAAUAAUAGUUUGCUCUGACCACUAAUAUACAAUUUUACUAGCUCAAAGGGAGGUUUUCCAAAAUCAUAAGAACCUUACUUUCAAAGAGCAUUUUGGAGAAUAUACUCUCCUUUUAGCAGGAGGACCCCUUCCUGCUAGACCCUUUCUGUUGAAUUGACCUAUGAUUCUUUGCUCCCCCAAAAGGCACCGUCCUUACAUGAGUUAUAUUCUCUCUUUAUUAGUUAUAUGUGGGUCUCCUUUUCUUUCCUCCUCUUCCCCAUCUCCAUUCUUGGUAAUAAAGCUUUGCAUUGAAUGGCUUCCCAUUGUUUUACAUAUUAUUCUUGGCACUCAGAACCAGACCUGUUUUCCUGGACACUUCUGUUUGGCCCAUGAACUUUUUCUUAGUCAUAAAUUAGAUACCUGGACAAAGACAACCUAUUGACAAAGCUGCAUCUGCAUCAAUGGAGUAGAACCUAGUAGUAUAAAGUAAGGGUCAGUAAGGGAACCCUGCAUCCUCCUAUCAGAGACUCCCCUAUGCCAGAGGACUUUCACAAAACAUGGAGUGUGAAACAGCUAAUAAGACCCAGGUAGAAGAGAGAAUUUAAUUAGCCCCAGGACUGAGCGUGUUCUGUUUGAACUCACGUGUAUACCCUGGCAGGUCUUGUCAGGGGACUAUUAAUGCAGUCUAUUGUAAACUAAUGAGAAAGAAAAGAACAAACAGGAGGGAGGUUUGGAUGGAGAUCUGAGUGUGAGGUUCUUUGCUCUAUGGGAUUAGCUCCCUGGAGUGAAAUGUGCUGUAGAGUCCUUUGUCUGAUUUGGGUCAGCCCCCCUCAUGAAGGGGAUGCUUAGAAAUAUAUGACUUUGGCGCUGACGCCCCACCCCAGGUGGCAGUAUUGCCCUUAGAAAUCUUAGCAUUUUCUUUUCUUUUCAAACUGUCUUGGUCAUUCUGACUUGUCUUUUAAUCAAAACCAAUAGGGUAUAACUGGUUUCUUGUCGCCACCUACUGUCCAGAAUGGAAAGGGCAGCAGCUCUCAUAACUCGGCUGAAUCCUAGUCAGCAGUGCUCCCAUGUCUCUCUCAUUCAUGAGGAAGUGGACAUCUUGAUCCACAUUGGGUUUCCGCCCUUUUUAAAUAACACAGCAGUGUGACUUUUUCAUCAUUGAGCAGGGCUUAUUCUCCUACCAGAAGGAACCUCAUGCUUUAUAUUAAGAGAUGAUUGGAUUACUUGCCAUCUAGGGCAAAUAGAUCCCUAUAUUUUUAGGGGGUGGGAGAAAAGGAAGAAAAAAAAUUGGAACACAAGAUUUUGUAAGGGGGAAAUGUUGAAAACUAUGCAUAUGUUUUGAAAAUAAAAAGCUUUUUUUUAAAAGAAA